AUGGAUGAAGGUGGUCUUGGUUUGAGGUCUUUAAUUAGUAUUAAUGAAGCUGCAAACUUAAAGUUGUGUUGGGAAUUCCUGAACACUGAUGAGGAUUGGGCUCACGUACUGAGAAGUAGAGUCCUAAGAGGUCAAAAGGCUAUUAACCAUCACAUUUUCUCUUCUUUGUGGAGUAGCAUUAAAUCUGAAAUGUCAGUCAUCAAAGAGAAUUCUUGUUGGAAAGUCGGAACAGGUCACAAUAUUAAUCUUUGGAAUGAUCCUUGGUGUGGUGUACCAUUAGCUCAAUCUCUUCAUAUUCAUCAAAGUGUGAUCAAUGGGCUUCUUCAACAAGUCAGUGACAUUAUUUUGAAUCAACAGUGGCACAUUCCUCCAAGUUUGAAUCAUAUGUUUCCAAAUCUCAAAAAUUUGGUCCAUCACAUUACUCUACCAGUUGAUUGCAGUUCUGAUCAACUUUGUUGGAAUCACUCUUCAUCUGGAACUAUCUCUUGGAAAUUAGCUUAUGAGUUCAAGAGAAAAAAAUUAAUAACUAGACACUGGGCUAGAAGUAUUUGGAGUAAUGAUAUUCCUCCAUCUAAAUCUUUAUUAGUUUGGAGAUUGAUGCAUGAUAAACUACCCACUGAUGAAAAGUUAAUGGAAAGGGGUUUCAACCUUCCUUCAAUGUGCUCUAUUUGUCAUAAAUUUGCUGAAUCUACUUUUCAUCUAUUCUUUGAAUGCACUUUUGCUCAGUCCAUAUGGUGUUGGUUUGCUUCUGUUCUGAACACAUCUUUGCAGUUUCAAUCUAUUGAGGAGAUAUGGCAUUUAUGGGACAAUUCAUGGUCCCCUCAGUGUAAACUUUCAAUCAAAGCUGCAUUAAUCUACCUGCUGAAUGCUAUUUGGUCAACAAGAAAUAAUGCAAGAUUCAAUAGCAAGGUCCCUGUUUGGAAGUCUGCAGUUGCUUGGAUUUUGUCUAACACCUCUCUAACAGGUAAUAUUACUAAAUGUGUCUCAUCUUCUUCCAUUAAGGACUUCAUGAUUCUCAAGAGCUUGAAUAUUACCAUUCAUCCUCCUUUGCCUCCUCUUGUUAAAGAAGUGGUAUGGCAUCCUCCUUUGGAGCAUUGGGUUAAAUGCAACAUAGAUGGGGCUGCAAACAAUCUCACUUCUUCCUGUGCUGGCAUUUUUAGAAAUCACAAUGCUGAUUUUUUAUGUGGUUUUGCUGAAAAUACUGGUUUGAAGUCUGCUUUCAUGGCUGAAUUAUGUGGAGCUAUGAAAGCCAUUGAAUUAGCUCAUAAUAGGAAUUGGUCCAAUCUUUGGCUGAAGUCAGAUUCCUCUCUUGUUGUUAAAGCUCUUAGCUCGACUUCUUUAGUGUCUUGGGAGUUAAGCAAUAGAUGA